AUGGCGGCAGAGGCUGCGAGUGGACCGGUGAUGGUGCCGUGGUUGGGCAUAGAUGAAGAGACGUUCCUGCAGUGGGCAGGCUACAUUAUGAUCGGCAGUGGCUUGGUCACCUUUGUGGCGUCGCAGGCCACCCGCGCGCCGUACGGCCGCUACAGUCACGAGGCGGGCAACAUGUACGGCCCGCCCGUACCGGCCCGCCUCGCCUGGAUGCUUCAGGAGUGCCCCUCCGUCUUCGUUCCCCUCAUCUGCCUCCUCUUCGGAAGCGAGGCAAGCCUGGCAGGGCUCGUGAACUGCGUGCUGGUGGGUCUGUUUUUGGUGCACUACAUCCAGCGAUCGUUCGUGUUCCCCUUCCUCAUACGCGGAGGCAAGCCCACCCCGGCCGUCCUCGUCCUCAUGGCCUUUGUCUUCUGCCUCGGCAACGGCUACAUGCAGGGACGCUACCACACGCGCUACGCGGUGUAUGCCGACGACUGGGUCUACGAUCCGCGAUUCAUCGUGGGCAUCGUCCUCUUCUUCGCUGGCAUGUUCAUCAACAUCCAAGCCGACUCCAUUCUCCGCAAUCUUCGUAAGCCUGGCGAGACGGCGUACAAGAUCCCGAGGGGAGGCAUGUUCGAGUACGUGUCGGGCGCCAACUUCUUUGGCGAGAUCCUCGAGUGGACGGGCUUCGCGCUGGCCUCGUGGUCGGUGGUGGCCUUCGCCUUCGCCUUCUUCACCUUCAGCAACACGGGUCCGCGCGGCGUGCAGCAUCACCAGUGGUACCAGAAGAAGUUCAACGACUACCCCAAGACACGCAAGGGUGUCAUCCCGUUCGUGUGGUGA